AUGCGUACUGGUAUCCAGGCUAGCGAUUUCCAGGAUGCGGCUGGGAUGGAGAGGUUGUCAGAAGGGGUCUUGAGAUUCCAGAGAUUCCCUGUCGCGAAGGCUAGGGUGGUGGCAUACAAUGCGCCUACGCAGUAUGGGAGUGAGAAGUUUGAGAGAGGAAGUGCACCGGCGGGAAUGCUGAAUGUGUGGAGCAAGCAGGUUGAGGCGAAGCUGUUGGAGACCUGGAAGGGUGAAGACGAAGAGGGAGAAAUGGAUGAGGAGAUGGAUGUGGAUGAGUGGUAG